AUGCAGUUGGGUCUUCGAUAUGAUGGAGGAUCCGUUCCUUUUGAGGAGGAUCUUCUGGUACCUUCUGAUGAUGACAGGAUGGAGUUGUUGGGGAUGAUGCCGGAUGCUUCAGAUUUUUUCAGCCAUCUAUUUAGGCUGCUUUGGCUAUCCUUGAACUUUGCUAGACGCGUCCCCGAGACUGAGGCCGCGACCGUGGUGAAAGCCCGUGCUCUGAUUUUGUACACUAUGGGGGCGAUGAUUUUCUAUCACGGGAACGAGCUGGUGAGUUCCUGUCUGUUAUCACUUGUGGCUGAUAUCACCUUUCCCACAUCGUACAAUUGGAAUGCAGCCCUCCUUGCCCAUUUGUAUGAGGGGCUGGACAAGGCCAAUCGCUGCAUUAGCCGAUCUUUGACUGGUUUUUAUCUGGUCAUCAAGGUUUACUUUUUUGAUCAUUUUCCCUAUCUGGUGCCCACUUUGAUCGACCAUUCUCCUCCUUUUCUGCAUAUGAUGCUGUGGUAUAAAGACAACCACAGCUGUACACGUAUGCUUUCCGAUCUCGCCUGGAGGUCGAAUGUAGAUGCCCUUGUCCUUAAUGAUUUUCGGACCAGGCCGUACCUCCGGUCGAAUGCAGCACUCACCCCUGGAGCUCAGGAGGCUUUUCAGGCCUCACGACGGCAUCGCAUCCUGGAGGAUCCUCAUGUGAAGAAGUGCUAUCUUGGAGAGAGGCUCUUCUGGCAGCUGACUGGCAGUCUAUUGGUUCCACUUAGUCCAUUGUCUGGUCCAUCUAAUUGGAGGUCGGUGCCCGAGUGGGAGUUGACUGCUGCUUUGGAGGGCUUUGAUGCCAGUGCCUUCAUUGAUCUAAAGAGAGAGUAUAGCUCUUGGUGCGAGCAGUACGGUAUUGGCCUGAUUUUGCAGUCUGGCUACGCUCCAGGUGACGGUACACAUUUUGCUGGAGGAGGGCUUUUAGUUCCUCACUUUUGUCGAAAGGAUACAGAUGCAUAUCUCCCUGACGAUGAUUAA